GUGAUAACCGAUCAUUUGGACUAUCUUUUGUUUGCCACCUCCAAAGCUCCAACCUUUUUCUUUCCUUCUUCCUUCUUUGCCUCUUUUGCUUUUACACCCUUUAUUGUCGAUUAUCCCCAUGUAAUUCUCCACUUUUCUUUCCCUAUCUAAAAUACCCAAUUCAAUCCAAAAAAAAAAAAAACCAAUCCAAUCCCCAAAAAUCCCUAAUAUUUUCUGCUUUGAUUCACCAUUUUAAUGGAAGAUGAAAAACCAUUAUUGGGUGCAAUUCUUCUCAACACUAAAACCAUAAUUACUCGUCCAACAUGGGCAUUUCUUCUUUUACUUUCCACUGCAUUCGCCGUUUUUUCUCUCCCUUUCACCACUAGAACCUUCUCUUCUCCUCCUCAUUCAUGGCCCUUUCCAACUCAAUACGAGUCACGAGUUGACUCCGAUACAUGUUCUGGAUUCUUUCAUGAGGGCCCACCCAGGAAGUUUGUCGUUUCAAUUACGGAGUUCGGUGGUGUUGGUGAUGGCGAAACGUCUAAUACCGCUGCGUUUCGAAACGCGGUUGAGUAUUUGAAGAGAUUUCAAAAAAAUGGUGGGUCCCAGCUUAAUGUUCCAAAAGGAAGAUGGGUUACUGGGAGCUUCAAUCUUACUAGCAAUUUCACACUCUUUCUUGAAGAGGGUGCUUUCAUUUUGGGUUCUCAGGACCCAAAAGAGUGGCCUAUCAUUGAGCCUUUGCAAUCUUAUGGAAGAGGAAGAGAGAGAUCAGGUGGUCGACAUAUUAGCCUCAUCCAUGGCAACUCUCUCAGUAAUGUGGUGAUUACAGGACAUAAUGGGACAAUUGACGGACGAGGGAGGAUGUGGUGGGAACUGUGGUGGAACAGAACACUGGAGCACACCAGAGGUCACCUUUUAGAGCUCGUUAACUCGCAAAAUAUUAUGAUUUACAAUCUCACAUUUCGAAAUUCUCCGUUUUGGACCAUUCACCCUGUCUACUGCAGGAAUGUUGUCGUCAGGAAGAUGACAAUAUUGGCUCCUCUAAAUGCCCCAAAUACAGACGGUAUAGACCCAGAUUCAAGCACGGAAGUAUGCAUCGAAGAUUGUUACAUCGAGAGCGGGGAUGAUCUUGUGGCUGUGAAGAGUGGUUGGGAUCAAUUUGGUAUUGCCAUGGCACGCCCCAGCUCAAACAUAAUAGUAAGAAGAAUAUCUGGCACAACUCCGACAUGCUCGGGUGUUGGAAUAGGUAGCGAGAUGUCUGGUGGAAUAUCGAAUAUUACGAUCGACAAUAUUCGUGUCUGGAAUUCAGCAGCUGGUGUUCGGAUCAAAACUGAUGUGGGGCGAGGAGGAUACAUUGCUAAUAUCUCCAUAUCGAACUUAAUACUCGAGAGAGUAAAAAUACCCAUCAAGUUCAGCAGGGGUGCUAAUGAUCACCCUGAUGAAAAGUGGGACCCAAAGGCCGUUCCUAAAGUUUCGAGGGUGUUCAUAAGUAAUUUGACGAGCUUGAACACAAAGAAAGCACCUGAAAUACUCGGUAUCGAGGGUUCACCUUAUGAAGGUAUAUGCAUGAGUAACGUUAGUAUUCUCGACUUACCCGACUCAGCCGCAUGGCACUGUGAACAUGUGUCUGGUUUUGCUAGGGAGGUAUUUCCACCUCCAUGCCCUCAGAUUUAUGUGAAUUUUAGUUUUUCAUCGCCUUGUGGAUUCUCAUGAAGGCCAUCCUAUUCUUGAAGACCCGUCCUCAAACAGCUUUGAAAGGUACGACUGAAUACAGCAACCGUGUUUCAUACAAUAUUUUGACAUACUUGAGGCCUCGCUUCAGAUUUUGCAUAGUUUGCGCCGUAUUGACAAAACUAUAUCUUUCUACUGAUUCAUUUUAGCCAAUUAAGUGAGCCUGAUAUAGAGGUCUAUGGAUGACAGAUCGUUAACUGACGUUCAGCCGGAUGUUUUACCGAUAUUGUUUCGACAUUUCUUUGCACCUCUCUCGAGGAAUACAUAUACAAUUUUGAAAGAAGUAAAAUACUGCAUUACAGUUGAAAAACUCGUUCUUGUGUUUUUAUCGAUUUGUAUUCAAUCUUAACAAGAAAUUUGACGUAUUCCCCAAUCCGCAAUAGUAGUACAACUCUCGGGAUUUACAUUGCCAGCAAAAUUUGCGGGUUGGGCCAUUGCUUUACGACCUAUCCCUGAAUGAAGUCCAUUUCAGGCUGGGAAUAAUGAACCCGAAUUGCAAUGUUCUUGGGUGAGGUCUUGAACCACUGGGUUAAUCCGGUUUAUUACAUCUCAAUUCGCCCGACUUCCAAUGAAGUCGUAUAUCAUUAUUGCCUCAUUAUAUUAACAUUAUAUCUACGUGAAGUUGUAGUUCAGAUGAUGUAUACUAUAAUGGGUUAAUUGUAAAUGAUCUCUAUUUUUAUAAAGUUUAAGGUUGUGUAUAUUUAGUCACCCUAAACUUUGCUUAGAAAAGUACACUUAAUAACAUUGAGAUUAUCAUUCACGACGCGUUCCACACAUCCACACUUGUAUUUGUCUUUGCCUUCGCUUUGGAGCUCAAGAUCAUCACUAAUGAACGGAACUUUCUGCAAUUUUAAUUGGAAACGAAUGUCAAAAGAAUUUCUUUGUUUCUUUGGAUUUGAACUGAUGGGGCAAGUUCAAAGGACUAAGGAAAUGGGUAAGGAGUAAUGACAAACCUGUUGUUUAGCAAGAUCUUGGCAGCCACUGAAAUUAUGUGGGAAUUUGCAGGUUCCAAAUUGCACUAUGUAUGCUCUUGCGAAGUUGGCCCCACUUAUUGCUAACCUCUUCUUGCCAUUCACUUCCUGAUCAAAAAUUCAACAACCUAAUUUUAUAUAAUCGACUCCAAUCUUUCGGAUUAGGUUUUGGCAUUGUCGUUGAUUAUUUCUUAUAACUUGAGAGCUCUGGCAAUUAGAUGGGAUUCUGUUUGUGCU